ACGCGUCUUUGAUUAAUGCAAGGAACGCGGCAUAGAAUUGGAAGAGAAAGGCUGGAAAACAGAGACCAGAGGGCGUGUCAACGCAUCCUUCAUCCUCAUCCUCAACUCUUCUCACUUCCCUCUCUCUGUCUCUCUCCCCGCUCUCUCUCUCAUCGUCUCGAUAAACUUCACAUCAGGACAGCCAUGACCGGCAGAGAAAUCCUUCUUAAGAUGAAGGAGAAAGUUUUAGGUUCAUCAGACCCUGACUCUGGAAAGGGAAAGAGCAAGAUGUCGCAUCAUAUAACACAUGGAUUCCAUUUGGUAAAGGGAAAAGCGCAUCAUCCUAUGGAAGACUAUGUUGUUGCGCAAUUUAAGAACAUCGAUGACCACGAGCUUGGACUAUUUGCAAUAUUUGAUGGCCAUUUGAGCCAUGAAAUUCCUGAGUACUUGCAAUCUAAUCUCUUUAAGAAUAUUUUGAAAGAGCCUGAUUUCUGGACAGAACCCAAGAAGGCAGUCGAAAGAGCCUAUCGUGUAACAGAUGCUAACAUUCUGGAGAAGGCAGUUGAUUUGGGCAAGGGAGGUUCAACAGCAGUUACGGCCAUUUUAAUUGACUGCCAGAAGCUGGUGGUAGCCAAUGUUGGGGAUUCUCGAGCUAUUGUCUGCAAGAACGGUGUAGCUAAACAAUUAUCCGUUGAUCACGAGCCUAGCACAGAAAGAGAAGAUAUCGAGAACAGAGGUGGUUUCGUAUCUAACUUUCCAGGGGACGUCCCACGGGUUGAUGGGCAGUUGGCGGUAGCAAGAGCAUUUGGUGACAAGAGCUUGAAGAAACAUCUCAGUUCUGAACCUUAUGUGAUGGUGGAUUUAAUAGACGAUACCACAGAGUUCGUUGUCUUGGCAAGCGACGGACUAUGGAAGGUGAUGACGAACCAAGAAGUUGUGGAUUCUAUCAUACAAAUAAAGGAUGCGCGGGCAGCAGCAAAGCACCUUACUGAAGAGGCCGUCAAGAGGAGGAGCUCCGAUGAUAUUUCCUGUAUAGUCGUAAGAUUUCGGUGAAUGCAUAUUUCUCGUUGUCAUGUAAUUUACCUUUUUCUCUUAAAAGAUUUAUUAGGUAUGUUGUAUUGAUAAACACCUACGGCAUUCAAGUGUGCUUCAAUUUCUUGUACCCCUUCCAUGUUGAUACUCUUUGAACAUUGUUGUCGUUGAGGAUUUCAUAUAAUGCUAGAACAAGGGUCUUGGCAAA